UCGCUGCCCCAUUACAACCAAUCAGCGGCGGAGGUGUCACGUGCCUCCCCGCCAGCCAAUCAGCAGCGGGCGGCGGUGGCGCCAAGAUGGCGGACGAUAAGGACUCGCUGCCUAAGCUGAAGGACCUCGCCUUCCUGAAGGGGCAGCUGGAGAGCCUGCAGCGCAGGGUGGAGGACGAGGUGCAGGCCGGCGUGGGGCAGGACGGAUCGCUGCUGGCAUCGCCCUUGCUCAAAGGUUUCCUGGCGGGAUACCUGGUGGCCAAGCUCCGCUUCUCCGCCGUCCUGGGCUUCGUGGCCGGCACCUGCACCGGGAUUUACGCCGCGCAGAAUUAUGCCGUGCCCAACGUUGAGAAGACGAUUCGGGACUAUGUGAAUUCACUGAAAAAAGGUCGGGACUAGCGAGGAGGAGCCCGGAGGCAGCAGGGACUGCAGGAACCGUGCUCCUUAGGUAGCAGGCACAGAGCACCCCUAGGGCUCUGGGAGGCACAGAACCUGCACCCUUCUUUUCCCUGGAAAAGCGUUUUGCACCACACCACUGCCACACGUCAGGGGGCUGGUGAUGGGUGUUUGUUGGGCACCGUGGCAGCAGUGAUCACUGCACUAACCCACAGCAGCUUGAGAGCACUGAGGGGCUGCCAGCUGCCUUUUCCCCUUAGCUUUCCCUGUGGACUGAGGGGCUGCUGUGCCUGGUCACCCGUGUGCCCUGUGCUUUGUGUGGCUGCUCAGGAAGUUCUGUAGUUCUCCUCCUAACCAGAGACAACACCCUGCUCACCUGCUGCAUCACCAGUGUUGCAGGGAACAUCCUGCUUGAAUCAGGCUCAUUAAAUUCUCGGUAUUUGAUCUGUUCCAUGUUGCAGGGUGAGAGUCUGUGUGGCCUCUCUGCUGGCAGCAGCUCACUCCCUGCCUCCCUCCCGACAUGGGGGUGUUUGGGAACGCUGCUGGCUCUGCCGACAGGCUGCUCCACAGGGGGCUGUGGGCUCUGCUGCUGCUGCUCUCUGUGGCCAUCUACGGCUCCCACGCCCCGCUCCUGACCCUGUGCAAGGUGGAUGGGGCCAUCCCCUUCAGCUCCACGUCCGUGGUGGUGCUGGUGGAGCUGACCAAGCUGUUGCUGUCGGUGCUGUCGCUGCUGCCGGGGGCCCGGGAGCCGCUGCCGGCGGCGCUGUCCUGGCGCCACGCCGCGCCCUUCGCCCUCUCCGCCCUGCUCUACGCCGCCAACAACAACCUGGUGGUGCACAUGCAGCUCUUCAUGGACCCCAGCACCUUCCAGGUGCUCAGUAACCUGAAGAUCGUCAGCACGGCGCUGCUCUACAGCCUCCUCUUGCGGCGGCGCCUGGGCCCGCGCCGCUGGCUGGCCCUGCUGCUGCUGCUGGCCGCCGGUGUCACCUACAGCUGCGGGGGGCUGCGGGGACACGGGGACACCGCAGGGACGCGCCUGCACGUCACCCCCGUGGGGCUGCUGCUGCUCUCCGUGUACUGCCUCAUCUCGGGCCUCUCUGCUGUGUACACUGAAGCCAUCCUGAAGAGCCAGGCGCUGCCCCUCGGCCUGCAGAACAUCUUCCUGUACUUCUUUGGGGUGCUGCUCAACCUGAUGGGAUCCCUGUGGACUGGCAUGGAGGGUGGGUUCCUGGAGGGCUUCUCCCCGUGGGUGCUGCUGGUUGUGUUCAGCCAGGCUCUGAACGGCCUCAUCAUGUCCGUGGUGAUGAAGCACAGCAGCAACAUCACCAGGCUCUUCAUCAUCUCCUGCUCCAUCCUGGUCAAUGCUCUCCUCUCCGUUGCCCUCUUCAACCUGCAGCUCACCCUCCUCUUCUUCGUGGCUGUGGCGUGCAUUGGCCUGGCUGUGCACCUGUACUAUGGAGUCACAUAGUCACUGCCUUCCUCCCCCGUGUCUGGGCAGCCCCAGCCCUUCCUCAGGGCUGGAAUCAUUCCUGGUGCACAGCUCCAAGGAUCCCCCAAGGAGUGCUGAGGGGGAGAGCACCCUGCCCCUGCUUCCACAGGGAAACUGCCCUGCUCCAGUCCAGCCAGGCUCUGUGCCAUGGGGCUCCCAUGGCAUCAGGCAUGCCCAGCCUCAGAGGGGUCCUGAACCCCUUGUGCCAGGGGAGGUUCAGGGUGGACCUUAGGAGUGAUUUCUUCACAGAAGGGGUGAUGAAACAUUGGAAGGGGCUGCCCAGUGGGGUGGUGCAGUCACCAUCACUGGAGGUGUUUAGGGACAGGACAUGGCACUUAAUGCCAUGGUCCAGGUGACAGGUCUAGGUGAUGUUGGGUUAUAGGUUUGACUCCAUGAUCCCAGAGGUCUUUUCCCACGUAAAUGAUUCUGGGACUCUGUGUCCCUUGUCCUCAAGCUGCUUCCCCACACCACAGUGGCCUGGGAAUGCCCUGGCAGUGCCUCCUGCCUGCCCAGCAUGGCACUGGUGCUGUUUCAGCUCCCAUGGAUGCUGCUUGAUCCCUGCCAUUCCUGGUGCUGCUUCCCUGGGCCUCUCCCACCUCCACGGUUUUCCAGGCUGGCCCUGCCUGGAGCCCUGCUGUCCUCAAGCCUCAUUUCCCCUUCCUGGCACAGUGUCUGCACAACAGCCAGGGACUGGGGCAUGUGGGAACCUUCACCUGCUCCCCAAAAGGGGGAUGCCCCAAAAUUUGUACCAAGUUCCUGGCAGGCAGAGGCCAGCCAGGGUAUUAAAGCUGCGGUUCAACAGUG